AUGGAUGAACUGGACGUCAAGAUUCGCGUCCUUGAGGUCCGACUAGUGGAGCUGAACCGAGAGCGUAACGCGCGCAUGCCCAUUGCUGUCCUACCCGACGAGAUACUGCACACCAUCUUCACUUAUUUCCCUCCAAUACUCCCUCUGCCCGAGGGUUAUGAACGGAACAGCUUCAGCGUCACUCGCCCGCCUACAUGGUUCGCCAUCACCCAUACUUGCCACCGGUGGCGCACGAUAUCGUGUUCGUCGCCUUUGCUGUGGAGCAAUGUCACCUUCGGUAACUUCUGGUUCGGCUGGAUGUUCUUACAACGCUCGUAUCCCGCUCCCGUUGACAUUGCACUACGUCCUCGCGAUUUGAAUGGACACAAGUGGAACGCGCAAGCUGCACUGAAUCAGUUCACUCGAGCGAGGUCAUUGAAGAUCGUCGACUCUCUCAGCUCAUUCACUGGCGCGGAGAAGAUCAUUACAUCUAUGUUUUCAUGCGAAGCUCCUCUUCUGGAGAACCUCCACGUUCAGACGAAGCAGUACACUUGGGCGCGCGGUGAACGUGAACCUGACUAUCUUGAUCUUCGUACAACGGCGUUCUUCCGCGGAAAACAUCCUGCUCUAUCGUCAUUGACGCUGAAGCAUGUCCAUGUCGAUUGGAAUACGACAUUGCUUAGCAGCCGCUUGACGUACCUAUCUAUACAAGACGUCGCUCCUGAUCAACGGCCGUCAAUGAAUGUACUAUUAGGCAUACUCGCGGGUCUACCGGAGCUUCGCCAGCUUGACCUGAUACGCUGUUUACCGGCUAUCAGCGAGGCGACUGCUCCUACCGUGCCAUCUGAGAGCCGGCUCAAACUCCAGUAUCUCUGGAGACUACGUCUUCACUCGAAUAGUCCCAUCGAACUCGACCACCUGACCGCGCACAUCCUCAUUCCGCUCUCUGCUCAGUAUCUCAUCAGUUGCGAGGAUAUCCCCCUGGAUGUCCUGCCGCUUCAGCCCGAUGUCGUCCAGAACCUCUCGCGCUGCAUACUACAUCACGUCGUACGCGACGGCGAUAAUGACCGCGACUUGGACGCUUUCCAUUACAUGCGACUUGCAGGCCCUGAGCACACCAGUCGCAUGCAACGCUCAUCCUUUUGUUGGAGUCCACGGUCGGAUGCGAUCUGGGAAACACCAAGGCGCGAAGAGUGGCCGCCGCUGGCUGAUCUCAACGACGUAGGCCGUGACCCGGUGCCACGCGUCCAGGUGAAUCUGAUUUGGUCAGAUCGCGGAAUCGGUGAAGACGACGUCAUGGCUCGUACACGGUCCAUCAGUUUGGUCACGAAUGCCCUCCAUACUGCCAUCAUCCUCACCAUCUCUGCGUCGCUGUCGGCGGUACGACACGUCUUAUUCAGCGGCGUCAUUGCCCCUGUCGCUUUCUCCUUUUCUGCAGGCCUACCUCGCGCACGCAACGUCGAGUCGCUGACGGUGUGCGGUAUCAGCGCUCUACGCACCUUCUGCAUCAUCAAUGGUCCUGCCCAAGACUUCACCAAGGAACCACGCUCGACCUUCCCCAGACUCAAUCGCAUCGUCGUGCGCGACGCGCAUCUAGACGAUCACUUCGUGAACUCGCCCGAGUUCACAUUGGAGUACUAUCUGAAGAGAAUACUUCGCGAGCGGUUGGAAGCAGGCGACGAGGGUGAACCUGCAUAUCGUGUUGAACAUCUACAAUUCAAGGAGUGCAGCGGCAUAUGGGGCAGGGCAGAUCUACAACCCCUCGCGGAGCUUGUUAAGAAUGUCGAAUGGGACAAGUUGAUCAUUAACGAAGAGCCGACGAGCGACGUAUUGUAG